AUGGGUGGUGUCGCCGAUUCAUCAGCAGCGAUGGACGCUGCGGCGCAAAUGCGCAAAGCUGCUCUUAAGGGCUCCUCUGGUAUGGCAGGGUUGGUUCAGAAUCGGAAGGUAUUCGGAAUUGCCAUGUUCGCUUGCUUGGGAGGCCUUUUGUACGGUUAUAAUCAGGGUGUCUUCUCUGGCGUCUUGACGAUGUAUUCAUUCGAACAGCAUAUGGGCGACGCUGUUACCAAUCAGACGAAGAAAGGCUGGCUGACCUCUAUUCUCGAGCUCGGCGCUUGGUUCGGUGCAUUAUAUUCCGGUCUCCUGUGCGAAAGAAUCUCCCGCAAAUAUACUAUCCUGGCAAAUGUCGGCAUCUUCUGCAUCGGAGUCGUGAUCCAGACAACGGCUGCCGCCAAUGGUGGAAAUUCAUCCCACAUCCUUGGUGGCCGUUUUAUCACUGGUAUGGGAGUCGGAAGUCUCUCCAUGAGUGUCCCUAUGUACAAUGCAGAGAUCGCGCCCCCCGAAGUUAGAGGUUCUCUGGUUGCUUUGCAGCAACUUGCCAUCACGUUCGGAAUCAUGGUUUCUUUCUGGAUCAAUUACGGAACAAAUCAUAUUGGCGGCACGGGCCCUACUCAGAAAGAUGCGGCAUGGCUCCUACCACUUGCGUUGCAGCUGGUGCCGGCCAUUAUCCUUGGAGCAGGCAUGAUCUUCAUGCCCUUCUCUCCGCGUUGGCUCAUUCACCAUGAUCGAGAAGACGAAGCCAAAAAGGUUCUCAUGAGUCUUCGCGGCCUGCCUGCUGACGAUCCGCUUCUGCAACUUGAAUUCCUCGAGAUCAAAGCGCAGAGUCUUUUCGAGAAACGGACCGAGAAGGAGAAAUUUCCUCACCUGGAACGAACCAACACAUGGAGCUAUAUCAAACUGGAGGCUGCGGGAUUUGCUAGCCUUUUCACUAGUUGGCCGAUGUUCAGACGUGUCAUGGUAGCUACAGGAAUCAACGCUGUACUCUAUUACGCGCCCUCGAUCUUUCAACAGCUCGGUAUGAGCAGCAACACCACCUCGCUCCUGGCCACCGGUGUGGUCGGUAUCGUCAUGUUCAUCGCAACGAUCCCGGCAGUUAUCUGGAUCGAUAAGCUCGGACGCAAACCCGUCCUGGUGGUCGGCGCCAUCGGAAUGGCAGCCUGCCACUUCAUUAUCGCGAGUAUAUUCGCCCAGAACGAAAACCAAUGGGACACGCACAAAGCUGCCGGAUGGGCCGCCGUCGCCAUGGUGUGGUUGUUCGUCAUUCACUUCGGUUACUCAUGGGGUAAGAGGCUUCCCAUCUCUGAGGAUGAUACAACUGCUAACGACAGAACCAAGGACCAUGCGCCUGGAUCAUCAUCGCUGAGAUUUGGCCACUCAGUGUCCGGGCAAAGGGCACGGCACUGGGUGCUUCGGCCAGUCACGCCCGACAUGCUCCAGAAUAUCAAAUACGGAACGUACAUCUUCUUCGGCAUACUCACCUUCCUUGGGGCGGGGUUCAUUGCCUUCCUGGUACCUGAGACAAAGCAGUUGUCCCUUGAGGAAAUGGAUGUUAUCUUCGGCUCGGAGGGCACUGCCAUCUCCGACUAUGAGCGUCAGGCUGAGAUCUCCCGGGAGAUUGGUCUCGAUGAGGCUCUGGCGCGGUUGACCAACACUGCCCCGAUGGAGGUUCAUGACGUUGAAGCGAAACAGCUUUGA